AAAAAUCUAUCUUAAAAAAAGAGUUUUAAUAUAAGUCAACAAAAGGAGUGAAUAAUUCUACUACUACUACUUCUCAAGUACUUUAAUUUGCUUUUUCUUUCUUUUACGUAGGUUUUUCUAAAACCAUGGAACAACAACAACUUGAUCCCUCUAUGAAUUUAGCCCUUCAAAAAUCUGAAUUAUUCUAUAAAGACUAUUCAACCGGUUUCAGGUUCUAUCCUCACGAUGAAGAACUCAUUAGUGUCUAUCUCGAACCAAAAAUCAAAUGUGAAAUCUUGCCCAAAAAUCUCAUGCAUGAAGUCAAUAUCUACAAGUAUCAUCCUAGCUUCCUUGCUGAACAUCUGCCACCACAAGGAGAGCGAGAUUGGUAUUUCUUUACAUCAAGGGACAAAAAAUACAAGAAUGGAUUGCGCCCGGAUCGGAAGGCCGGAAACGGGUACUGGAAAGCCACCGGAGCUGAUAAAGAAAUACGUGAUAAGUCUAAUAAAAUAAUUGGAUAUCGAAGGUCUCUAGUUUACUACGAAGGAAAACCUAAAGUAGGUGACAAGACUGAUUGGAUCAUGCAUGAGUUUCGAGUCGAGGGUCCUUCCAAAGUACACAGAAAUUUUCCUACUGAGGAUAUUGGUAUGAGGCUGGAUGACUGGGUGUUAUGCAGAAUCUACAAAAAGGAAAAGAAAAAGGCGUCGCGACCUAAAAAAGCAAGCGUCGGGAAAAAGAAAAAGAGAGAAGAAAGCAGCUUAUCUGCAGUGCCUGUGAUAAUCAAGAAAAAUACCCAGAAAAAUAAGAAAAACCCUCGUUCUUCUUCUUCUGCGUCUGUUUCUGGAAACAGUAAUAAUGUUGAUGUUGCUGUCAACAUUAAUGUUCAAAACAACACCAUUAGCAACAACGUUGUCAACUUCAAUAAUGCAGUCAACAACAACAACCUUAUUCCUGCUAACCUUUCCUAUAACAACAACAGCAACACCGUCAACUUCAAUGGAGUCAACAACAACCUUAUUCCUGCUAACCUUUCCUAUAACAACGACGACGACAACAACAACAACAAUUAUGAGUAUGGUACUAGUUCCGUCUGGAAUAACUAUGGCAACAGUGAAGAUAUGUAUUAUUUGGUGAUGCAGGAAGCCAAUGGUUUGCUUACACCUUCACUACCUCCUAAUCUAAACCAGAUUAUGGAAUUACCUGCACAAUAAUAUCUCAUGGGAGCAGAUAAUUAAGCUGCAUGUUUCAAGCUUAAAAUCUCGAUACUAUAUUAAUUAAGGAUAGUUUGGUACUUUCAUAUAAGGAUAGUUUAGUGAGAUUGAUGGAUAGCUCAGUUGGUUAGAACUUCCAUCCCGGUUCCAGGUGAUCCUGUGAUCGAUUCUCAUCCCCGCCUUUAUAGCUCAUUCGCACCAAAAAAAUAUAUAAGGAUAGUUUAGUACUUUCAUAUACUAGCUUGUUUAAUACUAGCUUGUUUAAGCAUAUAAGAUAUAAGGAUAGUUUAAUACUAGAUUGUUUAAGAAUAUAAGGAUAGUUUAUUACUUUCAUAUACUCAAUACGUUUCUGUUAUUAUACAUUUAUACCUAUAUAAUAAUACUCUAUAUCCAUAACUUGUUUUGUUUUUGUUUGA